GCGUUAGCCAGCUGCCCCGCAAGCAAGCCAGGCACCCCAGCAUACCUCAUCGAGAUUGAUGGACGCAGAUAAGGCCGGAUUAGGGGUAUAGCUGUAAGGAGUCGGCGCAUACGCCAAAGGGCGCUGGGCAUACAUUGCGAUUUACAGUUCUUUCUAUACGUCAGUUUGCGACGGCAGAUAAUCAGAGACACUCGGAGGGGGAACAAAAGGCGGUGGCCCAAUUUGGGCGACCGGCGCCGCCAUUUUCUGCCGCAUAAUCUUCUAAAUUUUUUACCCAAGAAAAAAAAAAACUUUGAGUCUCUUCUAAUUUGGUGAAAGACUUUCACCUCCAUUGAUUUUCCCCAUUUUGUACAUUUGUUCCCAUCUGCACGGUCAGAUUGGGGCUUUGCGACACAAUGGCCGGAAGUCAGAAGAAAUCCACCAAGAAGUUUGAGAAGAGGCAUCUGAAGGAUGUCCUCGAACGACGAAAGGCGGCUGCGAAAAUCAAGCAGCGUAACCAUCUGAAGGACAAGCGCAAGGCUGAUAAUGCUAAGGCACGCGCCGACGCUCAUGAUUCCGCAGACGAAAAUCCAGAGGAAACGAAGAAACAGGAUGCUUUUGCUCAGAUGAAUGUGGACGACUUCUUUUCGGGCGGUUUCGAUAUUGCAGACGCCGACGCCGGUCAAGCUAAGAAGGCGAAGAAGAAGGAUGUCACCCCUAAGACUGGCAAGCGCAAGCGCACGGAAGAACAGAAAGGCGAGGAUGAAGAUUCUGCAGCAAGCAGCGGAGAGGAAGACGGUGUCCCAUCAGACGACGAGGCUGCCUCGGACGCCAGUGGAGCCGACGAUUUCGAAGCGCACAAGGGCCAGCUUGAAGCCCUCAAGGAGAAGGAUCCAGAAUUCUAUAAAUAUCUCAAGGAGAAUGAUGCCGAGCUCCUGGACUUCGGCGACCAUGGUGAUCUCGCGGAAGUGGACGAGCUGAGUGAAGCGGAGGAAGAGCAACCAGCGAAGAAGAAAAAGAAGGCUGCCCGGGAGGAGGAAGAGGAACCGACAACCGACAACACACUUACCAUUGCCAUGGUAAAGAAAUGGCAAAAGCUGAUGGAAGAGCAGAACUCGAUUAGAGCAAUGCGACAGGCUGUCCUCGCUUUCCGGUCUGCCGCCUACCUCAACGAUGUUGACGCGCAGGAGCAAAAAUACUCUAUCAGAGAAUCCGACGUAUACCAUGAAGUUCUUGUUACCGCCCUUGGCUCUGUCCCUAGAGUUCUGUCGCAUCAUCUCCCCGUCAAGGAGACUGCCUCCGGCAAAGUCAAGGUGUCUAUGGAUUCGAAGAAGUUCAAGACGCUUACGCCUCUUAUCAAGUCCUAUACCUCCUCCGUCCACCAAUUGCUCACGAAUUUGUCCGAUGCACAGACACUGAAGCUCACACUCUCUUCUAUUGAACCUAUGCUUCCUUACUUGCUUCAAUUCAGGAAGCUCCUGAAGGUUCUCAUCAAAACCAUUGUCGGUAUCUGGGCCGAUGUAUCCACUACGGAAGCCACACGUAUCACCGGAUUCCUGCUGUUACGGCGUCUCAUGGUUAUCGGAGACGCUGGGCUGAAGGAAAGUGUCCUCAAGGCCUCCUAUGAGGGUGUCGUGAAGGGCAGCCGGAACACCACCGUCCACACUCUGGCCGGCGUGAACCUGAUGAAGAACUCCGCCGCCGAGCUGUGGGGUAUCGACCAGAACGUGUCCUACACCGCGGGCUUCAACUUCAUCCGCCAACUUGCCAUCCAUCUCCGCAGCAGCAUCACAAACACCUCCAAGGAGUCCUACAAGACGAUCUACAACUGGCAGUACGUGCACUCGCUCGACUUCUGGUCCCGCGUUCUCUCACAGCACUGCGAUGGCCUCGCCGAAGCCAAAGCCGGCAAGCAAUCCGCCAUGCGCCCCCUCAUCUACCCCGUCGUCCAAAUCACCGUCGGCGCGAUGCGACUCAUCCCCACCGCAACCUACUUCCCUCUCCGCUUCCAACUCACCCGUGCCCUCCUCCGUCUCUCCCGCUCCACAGGAACCUACGUCCCACUGGCCCCGGCCCUCCUCGAGGUCCUCAACCUCGCCGAGAUGCGCAAGCCCCCGAAAUCAAGCACCCUGAAACAACUCGAUUUCAACACCGCCAUCCGCGCCCCGAAAUCCUACCUCCGCACCCGCGUCUACCAAGACGGCGUCGGCGAACAGGUCGCCGAGCUCCUCUCCGAGUUCUUCGUCCUGUGGACCAAGCACAUCGCUUUCCCCGAACUCUCCGUCCCCAUCGUGGUCUCCCUGAAGCGCUGGCUGAAGCAGGUCAGCUCGCGCUCCGGAGGAAACAAGAACGCCAAGAUCAACCAGAUGAUCCUUCUUCUGGUGCAGAAGGUUGAGGCUAACGCCCGCUGGAUCGAAGACCGCAGAGCCAGCGUCACUUAUACCCCGCGCAACCGUGCCGAAGUUGAAAACUUCCUCAAAGACGUCGAUUGGGAAUCGACUCCGCUCGGCGCAUUCGUUAAGUCUCAGCGGAAGAUCCGUGAAGAGAAGGCCACCCUUCUUGAAGAGGCGAGACGUGAAGAAGAACAGCGGAGAGCCGAGGAGAAGGCUGCUGAUAAGGAGGAUGUGACGAUGGGUGGCUUCAGUGAGGGUGAUGAGGGUAGUGAAGAUGCCUCCUCAGAUGGUGAAGAGGAGGAGGAGGAGGAGGAGGAGGAAGAAGAAGAAGAGGACGAGGACGAGGACGAGAUGGAGUUUGAAGAAGAGGAGGAUUAGAUGAUGCUUUUAUCGCCAUUUAUAUUGUAUCAGUGAUGGCACUAUUUCCCCCUAUAUCAGGUUCCCCGUAGCUAUUUCAAGACAUGUUUUCUUUUACUCUGAUGUCGACGUAUACAAAAGUUGAAAUGCAUAGGCACUAUCUACGCAAUAACGCAUCUCAAAUGCCAGAAACAUUUUAUAUGUGAUAAAUCUACCAAAUGUACUA